AUGCCCCUCCCGACAGCUCCCGCCACGCCUGCGCACUCUCGCGUCCUCGUCACAAAGGGCGCCGGAGCCGCGGCGGCGCUCGGCGUGGCGGAGGCGGCGCAGCAGCAGCAGAGCGCCAACGAGGCGCGGCUCGAGAAGCUCAAGGCUGCGGCGCCCGCGGCGGCGCCCGAGGAGGCGGGGGCGUCCGCCGCGCCGGCCGCAGCUGGGGCUGAGGAGGAAGGGGCCGGGAACGCGGGGCCGGGGGCCGAGGCGGCGCUGCGGCAGGCGCUGGAGGAGCUGCUGCUGGCUGAGGAGGCGUUUGACCUGGUAGCUGACAAGCAGCUGCUCCAGGCCAUUGACAACGUGGCCAUGCUGCUGCUGGACAUUGUGUGGUGUUCCUACCUGCUGCGAGACGUCGGCCGCCUGGGCGUCAGCGCGGAGCGCCUCGCGCGCGCACGCGGCAUGCUCGCGCGCGCCCACGGCCCCAACCUGGAGCGCCUGCGGCAGCUGCACGGCGGCUCGCCAGAGUCUGCUACGUAUGUGCGGCUGGAGGCGAUGGAGGGCGUGGUGGCGUUCCACGUGGGAGACCGCCCCGCGGCCGCGCGCAGCCUGAGGGCCGCGCAGGAGCGCUACGACCGGCUGCAGGUGUCCCCCCAAUCCCUGGCCAUGCUGCAAGAAAUGGGCUACCACACUCAAGAGUCCUCCCGCGCCCUGCGCUUCUGCUCCGGCGACGUCGCGGCCGCCGUCUCGUUCAUCGGGGAGCAGCGCGCCAAGCAGAGGGAGCGCGCCGCGGAUCGCAAGCGGCAGCGCGCGUGGCACUCGGAGCGGGCGCAGUACGGCAAGACGCAGCGCGGCGCGUACGUUGACCGGGAGCCGCUUGAGCAGCUGGUGACGCUGGGCUACGAGAGGGCGCUCGCGGCCGAGGCGCUGAGGGCGGCAGACAACGACAUGCACGCGAGGCACGGGGACCGCGUCAAGGCGGGCGCCCUGCAGCUGGCCAUCCUCGCGCGCCAGAUACAGGAGGCGGAGCAGGGGCCCCAGGACGUGCAGCGCAAGCACGUGCGCCGCCUGGUGGAGAUGGGGUUCGGGGAGAGGGAUGCGAGGGUGGCCCUCAAGGCGGCGGGCGGCAGCUUCCGGCGGGCGGUCGAGCGGCUGGCAGGGCGAGGGGACAGGGAUGAAGAGAUGGCGGGGGCCGGCGGCGGGGCCGGCGACAGCGCGAGGCGCGGCGGCGGCUGCUCAAGCAGGCGCGGUGCGUCGGGCGCAAACGGAGCUGGCCACCGCCGUGGCGGCGGCAACGGCGGCGGUGGCAGUGACGUCAGCGGGUCGUCAUCGGGGGAGUCGUCUGCCGAGGCCGACAGCGAGGAGGAGCGGCUGGAGCGGUCGCUGGUGGACUCUGUGCGCGGCCGUGGCGGCGGGGACGACCCGACGGCGGCGUACGACGUCGAUUUGGAGGAGGAGGCAGAGGCCAUCCGGCGGUACACGGCGCUGCUGCAGCAUCCUUCGCAGUAG